GCGGAAGGCGUUAGAUAAAUCAGUCCGGUCUCAGGAAGCGGUUUCUGCGGCCUAGCGGAACUAUGGACUUAUAGCGGAACGGUUUCUGUCCGAAGUUUGACUUCUGCUUCCGUUACCCAGCGGAAGUGUGGUUCGCCAGAGGACGACUCUUGGACGAAUUUGCUCUCCGCUGUGUGCUCGGCCGGAAUCAUGUCGAGUUUGGCGGUGCGAGACCCAGCCAUGGAUCGGUCACUGCGUUCAGUGUUCGUGGGGAACAUUCCGUAUGAGGCGACGGAGGAGCAGUUAAAGGACAUAUUCUCGGAGGUUGGUUCCGUUGUCAGUUUCCGUCUCGUAUACGAUAGAGAGACAGGAAAGCCCAAGGGUUAUGGCUUCUGCGAGUACCAAGACCAGGAGACUGCGCUUAGUGCCAUGCGGAACCUCAAUGGGCGAGAGUUUAGCGGGAGAGCGCUUCGGGUGGACAAUGCGGCCAGUGAAAAGAACAAGGAGGAGUUAAAGAGCUUAGGCCCGGCAGCGCCCAUCAUUGACUCACCCUAUGGGGACCCUAUUGACCCAGAAGAUGCUCCAGAAUCGAUUACUAGAGCGGUCGCCAGCCUGCCCCCCGAGCAGAUGUUUGAGCUGAUGAAGCAGAUGAAGUUGUGUGUCCAAAACAGUCACCAGGAAGCCCGAAACAUGCUGCUUCAGAACCCACAACUGGCGUAUGCCCUGCUGCAGGCCCAAGUGGUGAUGAGAAUCAUGGAUCCAGAGAUUGCACUGAAAAUUCUGCAUCGUAAGAUACACGUCACACCGCUGAUUCCAGGCAAAUCUCAGCCUGGCCCUGGGCCUGGCCCUGGUGGUCCGGGCCCCAGCCCUGGCCCUGGCCCAGGUCCCGUCCCUGCCGCUGCCCCUGGGCUCUGCCCCGGACCUAAUGUUAUGCUGAACCAACAGAAUCCUCCAGCUCCUCAGCCUCAGCAUUUGCCAAGAAGACCUGUGAAAGACAUUCCUCCUCUGAUGCAGACUUCUAUACAGGGAGGAAUUCCAGCUCCGGGGCCAAUACCAGCCGCAGUUCCUGGACCUGGACCUGGUUCAUUAACUCCAGGAGGAGCAAUGCAGCCACAAGUUGGCAUGCCAGUGGUUGGUCCAGUGCCCUUAGAGCGAGGACAAAUGCAGAUGUCAGAUCCUAGACCUCCAAUACCUCGUGGACCCAUGCCUGCUGGUGGCAUACCUCCUCGAGGACUCCUGGGAGAUGCUCCAAAUGACCCACGCGGAGGGACUUUGCUCUCAGUUACUGGAGAAGUGGAACCCAGAGGUUAUAUGGGUCCACCCCACCAGGGUCCCCCCAUGCACCAUGGUCAUGACAGCCGUGGCCCUUCUUCGCAUGAUAUGAGAGGAGGGCCAUUAGCAGCAGAUCCCAGAAUGCUAAUUGGAGAGCCCAGAGGUCCCAUGAUAGAUCAAAGAGGUCUGCCUAUGGAUGGUAGAGGAGGAAGAGAGUCUCGAGGGAUGGAGACUCGGCCCAUGGAAACUGAGGUCUUGGAGUCACGAGGGAUGGAGAGAAGAAUGGAGACCUGUGCAAUGGAAACCAGAGGGAUGGAAGCAAGAGGCAUGGAUGCAAGAGGACUAGAGAUGAGGGGCCCUGGCCCUAGUUCCAGAGGCCCGAUGACUGGUGGAAUCCAGGGUCCUGGCCCCAUUAAUAUGGGGGCGGGUGGGCCUCAGGGACCUAGACAGGUUCCAAACAUUGCAGGAGUGGGAAAUCCUGCAGGUGGCAUGCAGGGGGCAGGUAUACAAGGAGCAGGGAUGCAGGGAGCUGGUAUACAAGGAGGAGGGAUGCAGGGAGCAGGCAUGCAAGGAGGGAUGCAGGGGGCUGGCAUGCAAGGAGGGAUGCAGGGAGCAGGCAUGCAAGGAGGGAUGCAGGGAGCAGGCAUGCAAGGAGCGAGUAAGCAAGGUGGAGGCCAGCCUAGCAGUUUUAGCCCUGGGCAAAGCCAGGUAACUCCACAAGAUCAAGAAAAAGCAGCUUUGAUCAUGCAGGUUCUUCAGCUAACUGCAGACCAGAUCGCCAUGCUGCCUCCUGAGCAAAGGCAGAGUAUCUUGAUUCUAAAGGAACAAAUCCAGAAGUCCACCGGUGCUUCCUGAAAGGUUUUUGAUUAGGAAGUCCUUAGUUAUUCCUUCAGUGUUUAUUGUGUGGCAUGAAAGGGGUGCAAAAAGCUGUCUUCUGUGUUCCCAUGCUUAAUGAUUUAAGGUUCCCUUCUCCCUGGGCCCUAAGUCUUAUUUCUAGCCUUUUCACUUUCUGUUUUUUUCCCUUUGUGAUUGAGGGUAGGGGGUGGAAGGAGUGGGCCCGUUCACUUUGUCACUGUUACUCUACUGGGAACCUUGAAAAUGACUGUGUCCUACCAAAUAAGGUGAUGAGGAAGAUACAGCAAUAGUAACAUGUCUGCACUUUGUUAACUGCAUUUUAAAUAUUAAAUAAACUGUGGGAACUACAUAAAAAUUGAAAGUGGCCUGUUACAGUAUUGAUAUACGAAGAUAGUUUAAAGAUUUUUGGUUGUAUACUGAACUGAAUGUCAAAAUGUGAAGAUACACUUUUUGGUAAACCAAAAUACUAAUUCUGUUUUGAAGGCAAUAGAGUACUGACUAUAUUAAGGUUAACGUUUUAGUUAUUUUGGACUAUUUUGAAAUAUUAGAGCUAACAGUCUGUGGUAAAAUUUGUAGCAAUGGAGUAGUUUUUUAAAAGCUCUGUUAUCGGAAACCUCAGGAUGAUGAUUCAUUGAUCUGACUCUUAUGAGACCGUUAAUACCCUUUCCUGGUCCCGGCUGUGGUGAUGUUUCAGGAUAGUUGUAGUGUCAGGUGAGUUACAUAAAGUCUUCUGGUGAGACUCAAGUAAUUGCUUAAUACAUAUCUCAAAAAACAUUCUUAAGCCCCAAGUCUGGUUGUGAGUAAUUGUCUGACAUUGAAGAAUCAGUCAGACAUAGGGUUGGCCUUUCUUGAAUAGUGGUUUCAUUCAGUAAAGCUGCCAAGUUCUCGAUAAACCAUUUUCCAUACAUAGAUGCAAUCCAUUUGGGUGACAGGAAGUUAGAAAUCUUUGUCUUGACAUUUUCACAUGUCUUACAGUUUAGUUACUUUCAUAAACUACUUUUCUAUAAUCAUCUUACUAGAACUGAGAUCCAAGUAGACUUGACAACUCUGCUCAGUUAAUAUUUUAUUUCUUACAUAAAAGCCAUUUGGUCAUAAUAUACAUUCCUACGAGAUGGAAUGUGGAGUUUAAUGUGUUUCCUUUAGAGCUACUAUCUUAUUUUUUAGCUUUGAGUGUAUGACACCUAGACAUUGUGUCAUAUCCAGUUAAUCAAAGAAGCACAAGCUCCCCGUGACCAAGUGACCUUCCUCUGUGGGAUGAUAAACAUCCAGCUACAGAGGCAAGAGCAGCCUUAGGGAGAGAGCUGGCACAGGGGCUGUUCUCCCCUUCAGAGUUUCUGCAUUUGAAGUGUACAGAGUUUUCACCCUAGGCUAGUUUCCUACGAGGAUUUAGUUCUUUUGUGAUAGUGUUGAGCUUCCUGUGUCCCUCUGCCUCCCCUGUCCUGGGCUAGGUUAGUGUUCUCUACCUUGUGCUAGUUCUGGCUAAUCCCAAUUGCUUGUUGCUUUUGAUAUGUGGUUGCUAGCCCCAAACUUCUCACUGACUAAUCUUCCAGUCUUUGUUAUAAGAAAAAUCUCUGCACUGUUUAAUGAAGCUUAAAUAAAAAGGUUGUAUAAUUAAG